AUGCCCUUACGCAUCAACCUGCCACCGCUGAGCCGCGCCCUGCUGCUGCUACUGCUACUGCUGUCCUUGCUCAAUGCCUCGUUCAGCGUGCGCAGUCUCAUACGCGUCCAGGCUGUCCCUGCCCUGGCAAUCAUCCCUACGAGCUCACUGAGAUAUCCAUGGACCACACUGAGCGCUGCUCUAGUUGAGACCAACCUCGUCAGCUUUGCCAUCUCAGCCAUCACCAUCUUCUAUGGCGGCCGCUAUCUCGAACGAGCCUGGACUAGUCAGGAGUUUGCCAAGUUUGUCCUGUUUGUGACCAUGAUCCCCAACUUGUUGACCUUUGCCAUCUACUGCUUGUGGUAUGCUGUCUCGGGCAACAAGGUCCGCGCAAAUACAAUCAUCAACGGCAACGUCGCCCUCGAGGCCGCUUUUCUUGUUGCCUUCAAGCAAUUAGUGCCCGAACACACUGUCUCCUUGUUUCGCGCCUCUAUCCGUAUCCGCGUCAAGCAUUUCCCUGCCGUCUUCGUCCUGCUGAACAGUCUAUCUGGGCCAUUGCUUGGCACCGACACCGCUUUCUUCCUAUCGUGGCUCGGCUUUCUGACCUCUUGGAUAUACUUGCGCUUUUACCGACUCGCGCCCUCGUUGGCCACUACUGCUACUGGUGACGAUGCUGUCAUCAAGGGUGAUGCCAGCGACACGUUUGCGUUUGCUCACUUCUUCCCCGACUCUGUCCAGGUCGUGCUGGAACCCUUGACCGAUUCAAUUCAUAAGACUAUGCUCGCUCUCAGGAUAUGCGCUCCUUUUUCCGAAGAAGCAAUCGACCAAAGCAACGAGCAGGCUUCGGCCAGAGCCGAAGGCGGACUGCCCAGUCUGAUGACAGGCGGGAGAGGAGGUCGUGGUGGAGGCAGGCGAGAGGAAGCCGAGCGGAGGAGAGCGCUCGCCUUGAAAGCUCUCGACCAAAGGUUGACUGCAGCCGCGGCCGCUCGUGUUCCCGAAGCCCCAUUAGCGCCCACCGCUCCUGAUGCCGUUGGUGAAGCUGCGGGAACGGCCGCGACAGCAUCUGUGACUGCCUGA